CUCACAGAAGCCAACGCUGACAACUCUUGCAAGGUGGUAAGCAUCUGGCAGCAGGAGUUCUUUUAGCAGGGAGGAGGCCUGAACGAAAGAUCUCUUGCACCAUUGCAGCAAUAUGGACCCAAACGUGAUCCUCGCGUGUGUUACCGCUUCCGGCGCGGUUGCUUACGUCGGACACUCGCUCCAGCAAGCCGGCCGCUCCAUUAAGGACGGCUUGGAGCGCGCCGGACUGCAGACCGUGCAGCAUAUGCAAGAGCAUGGGCCACAUGUCAGUUCUCCGGCCAAGAAAGAGAAGCCGGCCAAGGAUGCGUGAGCUCGUGAAGGGCCAGAGGCGCUUCAUUUGCGUGCACCAAGCCGUUCCAGCAGCAAUACGUGGUGAGCGUGGAUAGCCACUUGUCGUGCUGGGCCUUGGGACUGGAUGAGCUCGUCGUCGUUAGCAGGACAAGGCCCAGCACGACAUCGUGUGGCCAUCACCACCCACCUUGUAUUGGUGCUGGAACGGCGUGGUACACGCAAAUGAAGCGUCUCUGGCCCUUCACCCGCUCACGCAUCCUUGGCCGACUUCUCCUUCUUGGCCGGAGAACUGAAAUGUGGCCCAUGCUCUUGCAUAUGCUGCACGGUCUGCAGCCCGGCGCGCUCUAAGCUGUCCUUAACGAAGCGGCCGGCUUGCUGGAGCGAGUGCCCCACGUAAGCAGCUGCGCCAGCAGCUGUAACACAUGCAAGGACCAUGCUUGGGUCCAUAUUGCUGCGAUGGAGCAAGGAAAUGUUUCUACUCGGGCAUGGCUGCCCGUGCGGAAGACCAACCCAGAGCAGGGCCAGGCGGGCCAGAGCAGGGGCCGCUACGUGAACACCUAGAGGACUGAUGUAUUGUAGAGACGUAGUGUGCUAAUGAACGAAUGACAUAGUAAUCUACGGUUGCGCCAGUUUAUUAUGGGAAGGAUGGAAUGCAUGGGGAUCUGAGAGUUUGACGUGCGUACGGCAGUCGGGUAGUGAUGACAGAUGAAAGGGGGCCCAGCAGGUUUUAGCUGCGAGAGGCCGUGCAGCUGGCCGGCACCAUUCUUAUAACCUACCGAUUUACAGUGGCGGAAAAUGUGGCGCACUGCUCUAUGGUGGCAAAUAGCACGCCUGUUGCAUUGGUGGACAUGUAUUCGCUACGUAAGGCCUUGCAACCUGUGCUGUGUGCGUGCCAGGCAGCGUGAUGGGGCUGUAGCACCUGUGGUGUGCAUGGGUAUUGCAGUGCAGCUGUAGAGGCUAGCUGUCGGCCUCCGCUGUAACAGCCGGUUGAU